AUGUCUCGCGACUCGACGUUACUAGGCGGACUGGCCGCGAUUCUGGCCUUCAUCGCCCUUUGCACGCUCCCCGCCCUCUCAGGUCUAAUCAAGCAGCUUCGUACUCGCGCUCCAAAGGACAACUUUUACUCAGACCAGGAUGGCAAGAGUACGCCUGAAGCUGUUGCUGCCUUCUCCAACCGCUGGCCAAAGGUCUUCAUUGCCUUCUUUGCCGCUCUCGGCUGUGCCACUUCAAUAACGCUCUCCGUUCUGUCCACCACGAGCUCCGAAGGACGGCAGGGUCUUUCCCUGCAAGAUUGGACAACCACGGCAUCGUGGCUUCUGCUUGCUGUACAAACUGUUUGCAUCAUUGCAACAAAUGACUCGGUCCUGGCCUACAAUGUCGGUCUCUGGACCUGGCUCAGCAGCUUGCUCCUUCUCCUUCUUCUCCUGGUACAGGACACCAGUCUUCUGGGAGAGCUUCUUCACCGUGACAACGCGUCCUUCGCGCUCCGUAUCGUCAAUCUCGUCGCGGCCCUGGGUCUCACUACAGCCAGCAUCACAGUGCAACGCAGGCCUGAUGUUUUUGUAGAUGGCAAGAUUGUCGAUCGCAUGCACACCGUAUCCGCUUAUAGCCGCUUCACCUGGAGCUGGUGUACCGGCGUCCUCAAACAAGCGACAGCCAAGAAGGACCUUGAGGUCGCUGACCUUCCCCGGCCCGACCACAACACGCGUGCCAGGGACCAAUCUGCGCAGUGGAAGGCAUACAACUUCAAGGGCCCUCUCUGGAAGAACGUCAUCUGGGCGUUCCGCUGGCCCCUCAUAAUUCAGUGGCUUCUCGCCAUCUUCAGGAACGUCGUAAGCUUUGCUCCCUACUGGGUCACCCUUCGCAUCCUUCGGGCACUCGAGGCGAGACAGCCAGGAGAAAAGCUCAGCGUCGAGACCUGGAUCAUGGUUUUCUGGCUUGGCCUGACCGUUCUAGCCGAUGCCUGGUUCUCGGCCUGUCUGUUCUGGAUCUCCUGGUCCGAUGUGUGCAUCCCCCUGCGCGGACUCCUUUCUGCCCUGAUUGUCGAGAAGGCUAUGCGUCGCAAGAAUGUCAAACAAGCCAGCAAGACAGACGCCUUGAAAGUGAGCACCAAUGAGGACGGCACCAAGAAAGACAGCCAGGAUGAGGAAGAGGAAUCGGAUGCCGAUGCCCUCAAAUCCCAGCAGGGUGUCGUCAAUCUGAUAGGUGUUGACACCAAGCGAGUGGCCGACUUUGCCGCUUUCCAAUUCUUUUUCCCUGCAAGUGCUACCAAGCUCGCUUUCGCCAUGUGGUUCCUCGUUUCCCUGUUAGGCUGGAUCCCUUUGCUCUCAGGUCUCGCCACUUGGGCCGUCAUCUUGCCGUUCAACAUCUACUACACCAAGGUGUAUUCCAACGCGCAGGACCGUCUCAUGAAAAUCAGGGACCAGAAGCUGACCCUCGUCAACGAGAGCUUGCAGGGCAUGCGUCAGAUCAAGUUCUCCGCACUUGAGAGACAAUGGGAGGGCCGGAUCCUUGCCAUGAGAGAGCGAGAGCUCGGUGCCAUCUGGGACGUGUUCAGAAGCGACUCGAUGCUAUUCGGCUCCUGGGUCGCCAUCCCGGUUCUUCUCGCUGCGACGUCUCUUGCCGUGUACGCCUGGAUCAACGAGACUCUGACACCAUCUGUCGCAUUCGUCAGCAUUGGCGUCUUCAAAUCUCUGGAGCUUGCGCUAUCCCUGAUUCCCGAGCUGACAACAGAUCUCGUCGAUGCCAAAGUCUCCAUCUUCCGAAUUGAAGCCUAUCUCAAUGGACCCGAGAUCACGCAGACCAUCACAGAAGGCCACGAUAUUGCCUUUGAGAACGCCGACAUCGCUUGGCCUGUCGAUGAAGAAACCAAUGACGCCGAUCGUUUCAUUUUGCGCGAUGUCAACUUGAGCUUCCCAGCUGGCGAGCUCUCGGUCAUCUCUGGCAAGACCGGGUCUGGAAAGAGUCUGUUGCUCGCUGCUAUCCUGGGCGAGACGGAUUUACUUUCCGGCAAGAUUUAUGCCCCCAAGGCGCCGACCAGAAUCGAACGCAACGACAGUCAAGCCAACGCCGGCAACUGGCUCCUUCCCCACAGCAUCGCAUACGUCGGCCAGAUUCCCUGGAUCGAGAACGCCUCCCUCAAGGACAACGUUCUCUUCGGCCUUCCGUAUGACGAAAAGCGAUACAAGGACACUGUCUUCGCAUGUGCACUGACUAAGGAUCUGGACAUGUUCACCGACGGCGACAAGACGGAGCUCGGCACCAACGGCAUCAACCUCAGCGGCGGUCAAAAAUGGCGUGUUACUCUGGCUCGGGCAAUUUAUUCUCGCGCCGGUAUUCUCGUGUUUGACGACAUUUUCAGCGCUGUUGAUGCCCACGUCGGCCGUCACAUUUUCGAAAAGUGCCUGACUGGGCCUCUCAGCAAAGGUCGAACUCGGAUUCUCGUGACACAUCACGUUGCUCUCUGCGAGUCAAAGACCAAAUACAUUGUCGAGCUCGGCGACGGUACGGUUCAACACAAUGGCCUUCUCUCUGAACUGGACGAGGAUGGAACGCUGCAGCUUAUCAAGAGCCAUGAGCAGUCCCAUGCCGACAACAUGGGCGACGACGAAGCCACAGCCGUCAACUCGGAGCAGGCGUCAGACGUUGACGUUGACGCCAUUCAAGUACUCGAAAACGAAGACAUUGACGGCGGUGUCAUCAAGAAGGUGCCGUCCAAAUCCGCACGCCAGUUUGUCGAGGAUGAGACGCGUGAGCAGGGCGCUAUCAAGAAGCACGUUUAUGCCACGUAUCUUCGCGACAGCGGUGGCUGGUCGUGGUGGACCCUGGCUACGCUCAUCUUCGUCUCCUUCGAGGUCAUCACUCUCGGCCGAUCCUGGUGGCUUCGUGUCUGGACCGGUGACACUGCGGAAGCUCAUGUCCACGGACUCGAAGAGUAUGGCCAUAUCUAUGCCACGACUCUCCAGCACAGCACAAUCCACACAGCUUCAACGCCUUUCCGGACGACACAGGACCGCAGUCUCAAUUAUUACCUUGCUGUUUAUAUUGCCAUCUCCUUGGGCACGGUAGCUCUUGGUGUCAUGCGCUUCUUCUACCUGUUCCUUAUGAGUCUCAAGGCGAGCAGGCACAUGUUCCGAAAUAUGACGCACACGGUCCUGCGAACGCCGCUUCGAUGGCUCGAUACGGUGCCCGUCGGCCGCAUUCUCAACCGUUUCACCGCCGACUUCAACAUCAUCGAUAGCCGCAUUGCCAUUGACCUGACGCUGACGCUCAACUCGGCCCUCAGCGUUAUUGGCAUCUGCAUUGCAUCCAUGUUUGUCUCUCCGCUCAUCAUUGUUCUGGCGACGAUUCUCCUUCUGAUUUGCGCUCGAAUCGCUCUGCGUUACCUCGACGCCGCGCGUCCCAGCAAGCGCCUUGAAAGCACGGCCAAGUCGCCCAUCUUUGAGCUUUUCGGCUCUGCUCUCACGGGCGUGACCACUAUCCGAGGCUUUGACAAGUCGCAUAGCUACAUCAAUGCCUUGUACACCAAGCUUGACGACUACGACAUGGCAACAUGGCAUCUGUGGCUGUUCAACCGCUGGAUGGGCUGGCGCAUGUCCAUUGUGGGUGCCAUGUUCUCCGUCGUCGUGGCUGCCAUGAUCCUGGCCGAUGCUGAGAUGGACGCCGCGCUCGCUGGCUUCACCCUGUCUUUCGCGCUCGACUUUUCCGAGUCGGUCCUGUGGGCGAUCCGCAACUACGCAAGCAUCGAGCUCGACAUGAAUGCUGCCGAGCGUGUUGUCGAAUACUCGGAACUCCCCACUGAAGAGCAGGGCGGCGAAGAGCCCCCGGCCAUGUGGCCCACCGAGGGCCGUCUCGAGGUCAACGACCUUGUUGUCAGCUACGCCAAUGAUCUGCCGCCCGUCCUCAAGGGCCUGACGUUCAGCGUCAACAAGAACGAGCGCAUCGGCGUGAUUGGCCGGACGGGCGCCGGAAAGUCCUCUCUCACCUUGGCGCUGUUCCGUUUCCUCGAGGCGCGGUCGGGAAGUAUCCACGUUGACGGCCUCGACAUUUCCAAGAUCAAGCUGCAGGAGCUCCGCUCCCGCCUCGCCAUCAUCCCGCAGGACCCGGUCCUCUUCUCGGGCACGGUCCGAACGAACCUCGACCCCUUCAACGACCGCUCGGAUGCCGAGCUCGAGGACUCGCUGCAGCGCGUGCACCUUGUCGGCGCAGACGAGUCCUCGUCCCCCGGCACGCCCUCCGGACCAGCCUCGUCGCCCACGACUGCCGUGGCAAAGAACACGAACCCGUUCCGCAGCCUGUCGUCUGCCAUCUCGGAAGGCGGACUCAACCUCUCGCAAGGGCAGCGGCAGCUCCUCUGCCUCGCCCGCGCCAUCGUCGCGCGACCCAAGAUCAUGGUGCUCGACGAGGCGACGUCGGCGGUCGACAUGGCGACGGACGCGCUGAUCCAGCGUUCGAUCCGCGAGGAGUUCACGGACUCGACGCUCAUCGUCAUUGCGCACCGCCUCAGCACGAUUGCGGACUUUGACCGGAUCCUGGUGCUGGGCGAGGGCAAGGUCGUCGAGUUUGGGUCGCCGAAGGCGCUGUGGGAGAAGGGACGGGACGGCGUCUUCCGGGGCAUGUGCGAGGAGAGUGGAGAGAAGGAGAAGCUUCGGGACGUGAUCUUUGGGUGA